AUGAGUUCAUCGAAAUCAUCUGCAUCACCACAUACAGAAGGAGGAUUCUUCUCUUACCAAAUAUGUGUAUGGACCACUGCUGGGGUCUCCAUCCUACUUCUCAGUGCCUGUUUUGUCACCAGAUGUGUUGUGACGUAUCACAUCUUUCAACUCUGUGAUGAGGAAAAGGUCAAGCCACGUGAGAAUAAUAUCAUAGAACUCUCCUGUUACAAUGAUGGUUCAGGUUCUGUCAAGAAUUGCUGUCCGUUGAACUGGGAACAUUUUCAAUCUAGCUGCUACUUCUUUUCUACUGACACCAGGACCUGGGCAUUAAGUGUGAAAAACUGUUCAGAUAUGGGGGCUCAUCUGGUGGUUAUCAAUACACAGGAGGAGCAGGAAUUCCUUUUCCAUGCAAAACCUAAAUCGAAAGAAUUCUACAUUGGACUGACGGACCAGAUAGUUGAGGGCCAGUGGCAAUGGGUGGAUGGCACACCUUUCAAAGAAUCUCUGAGCUUCUGGGAUGUAGGUGAGCCCAAUAACAUAGUUACAGUAGAAGAUUGUGCCACCAUUCGAGACUCCUCAAAUCCAAGGAAAAAUUGGAAUGACGUACCCUGUUUCUUCAACAUGUUUCGGAUUUGUGAAAUGCCAGAAAGAAGCAUUUUGAAAAAUCUCUAA